AUGGACCUGCCUCCACAGCUAUCCUGCGCCCUCUACGCGGCUGCCUUUGUGCUGGGCUUCCCGCUCAACGUGCUUGUCCUCAGAUGCACCGUGGCCCAUGCCCGGCUGCGCCUCACCCCGAGCCUUGUCUAUGCCCUCCACCUGGCCUGCUCUGACCUCUUGCUGGCUGUCACGCUGCCUCUGAAAGCGGUGGAGGCCCUGGCCUUGGGGGCCUGGCCUCUGCCAACCUCCCUCUGUCCUGUCUUUGCUCUGAUCCACUUUGCUCCCCUCUAUGCAGGCGGGGGCUUCCUGGCUGCGCUGAGUGCUGGCCGCUACCUGGGAGCAGCUUUCCCCUUAGGCUACCAAGCUGCCCGGAGGCCAUGCUACUCCUGGGGGGUGUGUGUGGCCAUCUGGGCCCUGGUCCUCUGUCACCUGGGGCUGGUCUUUGGUUUGGAGGCUCGAGGAGGCUGGGUGGACAAUACCACCAGCGCCCUGGGCAUCAACACACCUGUCAAUGGCUCUCCGGUCUGCCUGGAGGCUUGGGACUCCGCUUCUGCCGAUUCUUCUCGCCUCAGUUUCUCCCUGCUGCUCUUCUUUCUGCCCCUGACCAUCACGGCCUUCUGCUACGUGGGCUGCCUCCGGGCACUGGUCCACUCAGGCCUGAGUCACAAACGGAAGGUCAGGGCAGCCUGGGUGGCGGGUGGGGCUCUGCUCACCCUGCUGCUCUGCCUAGGACCCUACAAUGCUUCCAACGUGGCCGCCUACCUGGACCCCAACAUAGGAGAUGGCUGGCGGAAGCUGGGACUCAUCACAGGUGCCUGGAGCGUCGUGGUCAACCCGCUGGUGACCAGCUACUUGGGAAGGGGCACUGGCCACUGGCCAGCAUGCAUGGCAAAAAUGCAAGAGAUGACCUCGCAGAAGCAGUAG